AUGUCUUUGUCCCUACCUCCAACUGGUUAUUUCACUAGCUGUGAGGCUCUUAUUCAAUAUGCCCAAAAACAUGCAUUUGAUCAUGGAUAUGCAGUGAGCAUCAAAAGAUCAGAGAGAAAUAAAUUUGUCUAUUUAUAUUGUGACAGAGAUGGCCUCUACAGAAAUAAAAUGAAUUAUACAAAUGAGACUUGUCAAAAAGCCACAAGGUUGCAAUUAAUAAAUUGCCUUUUUGAACUACAUGGUAAAAUAGAAAAUGGGCAAUGGUAUUUGACAGUAAAAAAUGCCAAUCAUAAUUACAAAGCAUCAGAAGAUAUAUCAGGUAGAGUUAAAAAUUAUAACACAAUUAGCAUAAUUGUUAUAACAACAAAUCAUCAAUUAACUAAAGAAGAACAACAAAAUGUUCAACAAAUGUCUGUUGCAAGUAUCUGUUCAUGGGAAAUACUUUCCACACUUCGCCAAGGCAAUUCAGACAUUAAAGCAAUUGCCAAAGCUAUAUAUAAUACUUGGAACAAGAUUUGA